AUGAAUUCGACGACGUCUUCACAGUUUGUGCCUUCGAGACGAAUGGGCUUAUACGAGCCGGUUCACGAGAUGGUCAUUUGGGGAGACUUCAACCACAAAAACUUGCUCGACCCGUCUCCGUUUUCGAUGCUAGAAGUCGACACUAACUUGGAUAAUCAGUCAGAGGAUACUUCUCAUGGAACUGUAGGACCUUCGAAUCGAUAUGAUCAAGAAACAAGUAAACCGGACGAUAAGAUACGAAGGCGCUUAGCACAGAAUCGUGAGGCUGCUCGUAAAAGUCGCUUGCGAAAAAAGGCAUAUGUUCAGCAGUUAGAGAAGAGUAAGAUGAGACUUAUUCAGGUAGAACAAGAACUGCAAAGGGCUAGACAACAGGUAAAAAAAAUUGUUUUCGUGCCAUUUUGGACAUAUUGGUCAGAUAUUGCUGCGUUCGAGAGGGAAUAUGCGCAAUGGAUCGAAGAACAAAAUCGACAAAUCUCACAACUGAAAAAUGCUCUGCAGUCCGAAACCAAAGACGAAGAGCUAUGUAGAUUAGUUGAUAGUGUAAUGAUGCAUUAUACGAAUCUCUUUGCAAUGAAAGGCAAAGCCGCUAAAGCCGAUGCAUUUUACAUCAUGUCUGGCUUAUGGAAAACAUCGGCCGAACGCUUUUUUCUAUGGAUUGGAGGCUUUCGCCCUUCGGAACUUUUAAAGGUUAUUUGGCCACAUCUCGAACCAUUGCAAGAGCCACAAUGCAUGGAAAUUAGCAAUCUCAGACAAUCGUGUCAACAAGCUGAGGAUGCCUUGUCGCAGGGUAUGGAGAAACUGCACCGUAUUCUAACCGAAACUAUAGCCGAGGGCUCACUUGUCGAAACGAACUACCUCCAUCAGAUUGGAGCCACCAUUGAUAAGUUGGAAGCUCUCGUCCGAUUUGUGGUUCAGGCUGAUCAUCUUAGGCAAGAAACCCUACAGCAGAUUUGUCGAAUUUUGAGCCCUCAACAGGCGGCUCGAGGCUUACUGGCUCUUGGCGAUUAUAUGCAACGCCUUCGAGCUUUGAGUUCGUGUUGGUCCUCACGUACUCGUGAACAAGCGGCCUAG